GGAAAUACAAGGGACGGUCAGCGGCGUUCGGCGAACGCCGAGUCUAAGCGUUCUUCUCGUGCUUGUCAGAGAAGUAGGAGGCAAAGAUGUCGGAGCGAAAAGUUUUAAACAAAUACUACCCGCCUGACUUUGACCCAUCAAAGAUCCCCAAACUCAAGCUUCCCAAAGAUCGGCAGUAUGUGGUGCGGUUGAUGGCUCCCUUCAACAUGAGGUGUAAGACGUGUGGAGAAUACAUCUACAAGGGCAAGAAGUUCAAUGCGCGCAAGGAGACGGUGCAGAACGAGGUGUACCUGGGCCUGCCCAUCUUCCGCUUCUACAUCAAGUGCACACGAUGCCUGGCAGAGAUCACCUUCAAGACAGACCCCGAGAACACAGACUACACCAUGGAGCACGGGGCCACACGGAACUUCCAGGCAGAGAAGCUGCUGGAGGAGGAGGAGAAGCGGAUGCAGAAGGAGCGGGAGGACGAGGAGCUGAACAACCCCAUGAAGGUGCUGGAGAACCGGACCAAGGACUCGAAGCUGGAGAUGGAGGUUCUGGAGAACCUGCAGGAGCUCAAGGACCUGAACCAGCGGCAGGCCCACGUGGACUUCGAGGCCAUGCUGCGGCAGCACCGGCUGUCGGAGGAGCAGCGGCAGAAGCAGGAGCGGGAGGAGGAGGAGCGGGAGACGGCGGCCUUGGUGGAGGAGGCGCGCAAACGCCGGCUGCUGGAAGACUCCGAUUCAGAGGAGGACGCGCCUGCUCCCGCUGCACCGCGGCUGGCCCUCCGGCCCAAGCCCACCGCCAUCCUGGGUGAGGCCCCAAAAGCCAAGAGGAAGGCGGAGAGCUGGGAACGGAGUGUUGGCACCCUUGGCAGCAGGCCCCAGCUGUCAGGCCUAGUCGUGGUGAAGAGAACAGACCUGGGUUGCAGCACCCAGCAGGGCCUGGCACCGCCACCCACCACCCAGGGCCCCGUGCAGAGCGGGAAGCCGGCUGAGCCUGCGCCCUGGACGCCCGGUGCCUCCUCCCUGAGCCAGCUGGGGGCCUAUUCAGACAGCGAGGACAGCAGCGGCAGCAACUGA